AUGUAUACCACCCCAGCCCCUGCAGAGGUCACAAGAAGGAACUCAGAGCCCAGCACUCAUCAGGGGACUCUUGGCAGCCUGGAGGGAGAGAAAGGCCAGAUCAUCUUCCCUGGCUUUGUGGCACUCCUGACUAUCUUCCUGGUCAUCAUAGCUGCCUGUAUCCUAUGGAGCUGGAAGAAACAGAAGAAGCGACACGUUCCUUACUUUCCAGUAACUCCAUCACUGACUCUGCCUCCACCCAGACAUCGAGCCAAAAAUAUUUAUGACUUCUUGCCCCGGCAGCAGACAGAGCUGGGGAGGCAUCAGUCGAGUGGUUUCAGUACCGAGAGCCUCCUCUCCAGAGCAUCUGACAGCCCUGAGCCUGAGGCCCUCCGAGCCAGUGGUUCCCUUCAGACGCAUAGAGCUUCCAUUCAUGCUGUGGAGUACACAGUAGGCAUCUACGACAAUGGCACAGUGCCCCAGAUGUGUGAGCACCUGGCCUCCUCUGCACAUCAUGUGUGUGUCAGAACUUCCAGAAAUAACCCCAGCAUUUCUUCCAAGGAGUCAAAUGAUUAUGUCAAUAUCCCCACAGCAGAGGACACUGGUGAGACUCUAACUCGCACUGAAAGCACUCCUGAAAAUCACCUUGGUCUUCCAAGUGCCCAGCGGCUGGAGUUUGCCGAAGGAGGGCACACAGGCUAUGGGAAUGCCACUGGUUUGUGGGCUCCAGGACCCAAGUGCAGCAAUUCACUCAGUGAUGACUCGUCUCAGACUUCAAAUGACUACAUCAAUAUGACAGGGUUGGAUCUUGAGGACACCCAAGAGAAUCAACCCAGGGGAGCUUUUCAGUGCUGCAGAGAUUAUGAAAAUGUCCCAUCAGUAGAUACCAAUGAAAGCCAGCUGCAGACUCUGGAAGAAGUGACAUCGUCAACUACAGACCAUGCGGAGCCUGUCUGGAGGACCCUAUCUUCAGUGUGUUCUAUGGCAUUUCAGCCGUCUGCACAAAGCAAGGACAGUGCUGUGGCCCAUGGAGAAGAGCAGUCAAGUGAAGAAUCUAGUGACUAUGAGAAUGUGCUGGUUGCAGAGUUAGAAGACAGGGACUGGAAACAGGGACCUGGCCCUCGGCAUCCUUCUAAUGAAGGAAUACCAGGCGACCUAGCUGGAAAGCUUUGUGAGGAGGUCUACACUGCUGGGUCUUUAGCCACUGAAACAUCUGGUGAAGAUGACUGA